UCAAGACGGAGUAUACCGAAGUUUGACGAAGCAAAGUAUCUUCUGCUACCUAGUAUUGGUCAAUUCGCCGCGAUUCGCCGCACCGCUGCUUACUGCCUACCUGCCUGCAGGCAGCGUGCGUAUCGUACGAAAUGGCUACCGCUACCGGAGGACAAAUAUUCAAAGGCAUUUGCUCGGCCUAUGGAAAAACUUUGGGAAGUUCGGCACAACUGGGUGUUCAGUGCCAGAUUCGAGGGUAUGCAGCGAGAAAAGGCACGAGAGAUAAAGCGCUCAAAGCUAAGGUGAAACACGAAGUUAAGAAAGUUGGCUUCAUCCCUCACAAUCAACGUAUCACAAGCUUUUCAAAAGUGCCUCUAGCCAGCAAGCGCAUCGAUGAUUCAUGGAAGCACAAAGCAUCAGAUGAUGUAUGGGUGUCAAAACAUUAUCAAUGGCGAGUUUAUUCUUUUGCUGAAGCAAUACAAUGCCACAGGGAGAUACACCAUCCUACUGUUAGCAAUUAUCCUGAUGCACCAGUCUUUGCGUAUCUCGAACUUAACAUGCAGGCUGCAAAGAAGAAUAAAUUUGUAGAUAACUUUACUAGCUGUGUUGCUGUACCACAUAAGUUCAAACUGCAAACUGAACGAAGUAUACUUGCGAUAUGCAAAGGAGAAGACAUGCAACAAGACGCAAUGAACGCUGGAGCUACUCUAGUCGGAGGAGCCCCAAUUAUCAAACAAAUCAUGACAGGAGAUAUUUCUUUGCGGGAUUACAAGGUGGUAGUGGCUCAUCCGAAUAUCCUCCCCGAACUAGUGGCACUUAAAGGUCUGAUGAAGAAGAGGUUUCCAAACAUGAGAGACGGCACCUUGAGUGUGGACAUCAAAGCUUGCAUAGAUAGGUUUGCAAAUGGUAUUGAAUAUACUGCUAUCAGAGAUGAACAUGAGCUUGAUUUUGGAACGAUAAACGCUGCCAUUGGAACCUUGGAUAUGGAAAUAAAUCAUUUGGAGGAAAAUUUUUCUGCUCUUCUAAAUGACGUGGACGGAAAAAAACCCAAACGCCCCGGCGAGUUUAUCACAAGAGCACGAUUAAUUAGUGAAUUGUCGCUUGAGAAGCUGAAAGUAGAUUUCGAGAAAUAUAUAAUGUCUGCGAAUGAUGCUGCUGAUGAUGAUGAAGAAGAAGAACCUCAGGCCGCUGCUUCAUCGAAUUAAUGAAUACCCUGCAAACAUAUUCUGUAGAUAAUAAAAUAUGGAGAAUAAAAUACUUUAGGAAAUACAA